AGUAAUUUCUGCGUAAUUUCCUGGGACCAGACGGCCGCGCUUUCUCUGUUGCCUAGUCCGUGCUGUGUACAGAAGAAGCAAGUUGAGUGGUGCGCGUAGAAACAAGGUGAGCCAUCAUGGCUGCUGUUUACACGGCAGACGGAGAUCGUAUAGAGACAAACGUAGAACAGUUAUCCGCUAAAAACAAGCAAGCAGGUGUCAAGAAGGCUGUUGUGUCCCCGCUACAUAUAAAUGCCAAAAUAAUUAAAGAGGAAGAAUCAAGUGAGGACGAAGAUUCAAGCCACGCCGAACCAACACCAACCAAGCGUCACCACGAAACUGCAGUGAUGGACGCUGCCCCAGCCAUAGCAAUCAAAGAAGAACGCAUCGAGGACGACGAGUUUGUCCAGAUAAAGUUAGUCGAUGUCGACGACAGUUUGGAGAGAACCCAAAACAAAGAACCUGACAGAGACAAUGAAAGUGUAGACGGGGAUUGGCUUUUCCGCUGUGUGGAUUGCGGUGAAGGCUUUGGUCAGAGGGAGGCCUACCUGGAGCACCAACGUGAACAUAUCCAUGAUGGCCCUAUAGUCUGCCUGGACUCGGAUGCGCAGUGGGAUGAUCUGCUGGUCUCUGAGGAUGGGGGCCACCGAACAUUGUGCUGUGCCGUUUGCGGCCGAAAGUUCUCGAGUUCAAGGGGUUUUUUCACUCACCAACUUAAGCACCGCACCCAAGCCCUCAAACAGGAACCAGGGGCCGAAGUAGCAGUGUCAAAGCAACGUCUUUUUGAAUGUCAAUACUGUGGCAAGACCUACUCUUCAAUCGGCCUCUGCCUCAACCAUCAACGUUCACACAAACUGGCCUCCAAGUCUGUUUUCCACCAGUUGGCCCACCUCAAGAAAAAGUCAUUUGAGUGCCCCACCUGUGGCCGCUGUUACUCCCGUGCUUCAGCGCUUGACGCUCACCGUCGUUGCCAUGAGGUCAAACUGAUCAAGUCCCGCAACAGUGGUGCAGAGAAGUCUCUUUCUACGCCGGAGCCUCCCGUGGUUGAAAAUGGAGAUGCGGCAGUCAAAGGAGUCAAAAAGCAUGAGCAGCGCUACGAGUGCCAUGAAUGUGGGCGCGCCUUCAGCACCAGCGUUGGCUUGAGUACACACCAGCGCUUCUCCUCUCAUUCCAAAUGCUCCGUGAUGAAGCUGAAGGAGGACACAAAGAAGCCAUUUAGUUGUUCUGAAUGUGACAAGAGCUUUCUGACGCAUACUGCCCUUCAGAUCCAUCAGCGUUGGCAUAUCAGGCGGGCCAAAAAUCGCAGCAGUGGACAGUCCUUUUCAUGUGAGGAAUGCGGGAAGGUCUUUACUUCACUCACCUUCUUCGAAAAGCAUCAGAGGGUAGUGCACAGUGGGGAGACCCCAGCCAAAUCCUUUCUGCAUCAGGUAUGCCAGCUCAAGAAGAAGGCAUUUGAGUGUCAAGACUGUGGGCGCCGUUUCUCGAGGGCCACGGCACUUCAGUCCCAUCAGCUUUGUCAUACCGAUGUUUUUGGUGAUGCCAUUGGGAAGGCGGCCCAGAAACCGGUCGCCACCCCAGCGUCUCUGUCUCCGCCUCAGAAGUUGUACUUGUGUGACAAGGAAAAGCCUGAAAGCUUUGCGAUUGGAGCCCUGGUCUAUUCCCAGGAAACCCCUCAAGCUAAUCAGGUUGGCGAAGACACUGGCUGCAAUGAAGCCGAUGACCAUGCAGUUGUGGAUGAGAAUGAAAUUGAGGGUUUAAUUGUGGAGGUUAUAAGUGUAAGUGGAUCAGAUGACUCCUUCAGGGAAGACCAUGACCCAGAGCCACUGUCCGAGUCAAAAACUGAACCUGAGAUGGGCUGUGAAUCAAACCAAGAAGCAAAAAAAACAACGGUGCCCCUGAACCAGUUAGAUGAGGCACCUCCUCCUUUGAAAUUAAAGGCAGAUGCUGAUGUAGAAAUCAACUAUGAGGCAAAACAAGAUGGGGAGGAGAAAAUUCCACCACAAAAGAUGAGUUUUGAUUGCCCAGAGUGUGGUCGCAUGUUCUCCAGUCCCAAUGCUAUACGCUGUCACAGGCUGUGGCAUAGAAGACCAAUGGGGCGGGCUGCAAGCGUGAAAAACUGGAACCACAGUGCUCCCAAACAGGUUUAUUUGAAAAAGUGUCUUUUUAAGUGCGGUGAGUGUGGUAAGGAGAGUACCACACUUGGCUCACAUCGCAACCACAUGAGGCAGCAUGAGGAUCCAAAACCUUAUAAAUCUUUGCUAUAUCAACUUGCAGGGCUGCAGAAGAAGAACUUCAAAUGUGAAGUGUGUGGGAUGCGGUUCUCUCGAGCAUCUGCUUUGCAGUCUCACCAGCAGCACCACGCAAAGCCAAAUAGAACUCACAAGUGUGCACGUUGUGAGAAGGCCUACUCUAGUUAUGGUGCACUUUGUAACCAUCGAAAAACAUGCCAUCAUGACGAAGACAACAGUGAUGCAGCAACCAGCGUUAAAAAGGAAGUGUUCAAUCCUAGGAAGACCCUACUUGGCCCAAAGGUUUACCACUGUGAGCAGUGUGGAAAGGGAUUUUGGUCAUUUGGAGCAUUCUCUCAACACAAGCAAAAUCAGCGUUGCACAGAAGUCAAGGAAAGCAAUGACACGUCUGAAGAACUUGCCCCUGUCAAUGGCCACACCCGUUCCAUUAGUAAGAGGCCUACCUGCCCCAUUUGCGGUAAGCGGUUCCGUCACGGAGGGGUUUUGGCUUGUCACAUGAAGAGACAUUGCUCUGUGCCACAAAUGAACCACACGUGUCCGGUGUGUGGGAAGUCCUAUCGCAUACUCACCUGUUUCCUCAAGCACCUGCAGGUGCAUGACUCUGAAAGCAUACCCCCACCGGUGAAAUCUUUUGAACAUCAGAUGGAGCAGCUUGAGAAGAAUACGUACAGCUGCCCUGAUUGUGGAAAAAGAUUCUCUCGUGCUAUGGCCCUCCAGUUCCAUAUGAAGAGCCAUGGCUACGAGACUGGAUAUCCAUUUACUUCAUCAAAAUCUGAGACUAAGGCUCAAGUAUUUCAAUGUUCCCAUUGUCGUGCCCGUCUCUCUAGUGACAGAGAAUUGCAACUUCACCUCAGGAAAAAACACAGUGGCUGCCUCAAUGAGGUCACUGAACAAACUAGUGAGCUUGCACAGUGUGUGUCCAAAGACUCAAAAUCUUUUUUGGGUGCUCCAAAAAGGUCCUUAGAUGGUGGGAAAUACAAAUGCAAUGAGUGUGGGAGAAGUUUUUCUGUUGUUGGAGCUCUGAAUUUUCAUAAGAGAAUUCAUCGGAAGAGUCCGACUGCUGUAGCCACUUCAAGCUCUCCAGUCGCUGUAGUUCAGGAGACAAAAUCUAAAGAGGCCAAUGAAACUAAAGGUCUGUACAUCUGUCCAGAAUGUGGGAGGAGCUUUGGCACUAAUUCAGCUCUGGGGACACACAGAAGGUGGCACACUGAUAAAAAGUUUGCAAGCACUUUAUCAACUGAUAUGCCUACCUCCAAGAACAAGACUGUGAAUGGGGGUCCUUAUCGCUGCAACAUAUGCAGAAAAGGAUUCUUCUACUAUUGUGUUCUUCGACGACACCAAAUGCAUCACCCAGAACCCGAAGCCCAGACACAGCCCAAGUCUUCUCAUGAGUCCACUCAGAUGUCCAAUAGCAAGCCUUCAACGAGCAAUCUAUCCUGUCCAAAAUGUGAGAAGAGUUUCUCCCGUUCCUCUAUUUUGGCUACCCACUACCAGACUCACCAUGCCGAUAUCUCUGAGUGUGUCCAGUGUAACCUGAGCUUCUCUUCAAAGAAUGAUAUGCUGAAGCAUAAUUCCCAGGUCCAUUCAGGUGAAGAAUCUGCCCAACAUGGGGAACUGGACUCUGAGAAGCCCACAUCUAUAACCUCAAAGAAGGUUAAACUCAAGCUACAUGGUUGCCCUGACUGUAGUAAGCGUUUCUACAAGGCUAGAGGUUUACGGGCACAUCGAUGGCAGAUGCAUCGCAAAAGCCGAAAGACUGUGGGCUCUAUAGCUGCAUCCAAAUCCUUCAUUUGUCCUGGAUGUGAGAAGCGAUACAGUUCUCAAGGGGCACUCUAUAAUCACAGGAAAGUGUGUACAGUGGCAAAGAGGGAAAUAAAAUCUGCUGAGGCACUGGUGCAGGACCCACUACCACCACCUACACUCCUUGAGCACACGUAUAAAUGGCUCUUUAAAUGUCAGAAGUGUGGCAAAGCUUUCCCCAGUCUUGACCGACUGGAAGCUCAUAAGGACAUAGCCAAAAGCCGGCCGUAUUGUUGUGCACUGUGCUGCCGUGGCUAUUGGACAGAGACGCAGCUCCAGCAGCAUCUUGUAUGGCAUGACGAGGUCCGUCGACGCCUUCCAGCUGACCUACGAUAUAGACUCGGCACUUUUUCUGCACCCACUGAGGUUGGUCCUAACUCUGAGGACUCGCCUGUGCAUUACAAGUGCCCGCACUGUGAAGAGACAUUCCUGAACUUCCUUGCCCUUCAGCAGCACCAGGCCUUGCACAGCAUGGAUGAACCCUACCGUUGUUCCCUGUGUCCUCGAACCUUUAGCCAGGUCCAUGAGCUCAUUGACCAUCACCAGGAAUGCAUGAGUGACAAAAAAGAGCAGAAUGAAAAUGGUGGGGACUCAGUCUUGAUAGAUCAAUCAAGAGAUGGCAAUGGACUGACUUGCAUUGACUGUGGAAUCACGUUUAGCAGAGAAGUGGAGCUUCACCAGCACUAUAUUUUGCAUGCUAGUGGACAAUACUGAGCCAUUUUGUGUGACUUAUACCUGGAACUUGGCUUGCAAACUCACAGAAAAUACAUUUUGGGGAAACUGCAGUGAGGAUGUGGUGCAUUCAGUUAUUUAACCUGAGAAGCUUGGACUUUGCUGACUUUCCACUUGUUUGCUGGAGCCUCAGCUCGAAUUAAACUCUUGUGGCUCAAGCAGCUUCUCCUUUGUUCAUUCAUUUUGUUCAUAGUUUUUGCAAGAGAAAGUUGACUUGCUGGGGAUUCUGAAACACCCCGAAUCAUGACAGUCAUGUGGAUUUCUUUUCUAACAAGUAUGCAACUACGAUGUAAAAUAGGGCGGAUGUUCUUAAAUACCUUCUUCAGGUCAUAGUAAACUAACUUUUCCUCUUUCUCAGGCUCUCUUUUGAACUGGACUUAUGCCUAAAUCCAUUUACUAAAAUACAUUUUUGCAUAUGUACUGUAUACAGGUGCCCUCCAGAAAGUUAGCUGCAAAUCUUGAUUCUUAAAAACAUUAAUAUUAAAUAUAAAAACUUAAGUUUAAUUCAUUGUCUUUAUUCAUACAAAACUGGUGCUCUAUAUAUUUUUAUUCUUCUGCUUUAUGAAUUGUUAUAAACCUGCAUUAAGUAAACAGGUUUCUGUUAGGACUUGUGAGAGGGAAAGAAGUCUUUAGGUGGAAACACAGUACUCUACCUGUCUUUAAAAUGUGCCCUCAUUAAAAUUGGAUGCACUUCUUUAUUUUCCAGUUUGCAAUUUCAAUUGACAGGAAACAAGCUGUUUUGUGAAGAGUGGUAAUGGUAUUUAAAAAGGGUGUGGUGUAGAUGGUCAUGUGGGUUUCAGUGCAGUGAGGGUAGUCGUUGCAACUAUUCAGUUGUUCAGAUCAUUCAGUGAUCUGCACACAGUGAUUUCAAGCCAGUUGUUACUCGGAUGGUGUCAUCACAUUCAUUCAUGUGGUUAUAGCUGACGAUUCACCCUAUUGGUUUGUUUAUUUAUACUGGUUCUACCUUUUUUUUUGUACACUUCAAUGAAAGCUGAUAUUACUACUAUGUUGUAUUGUCAACUUUGCUUUUAUAAAAUCAACAGAAACUUGAAAAGUUGUCACUAAAUGUAAUACCAAAGUUCUUAGUACAUUUGAAUCUAAUUUCCCACAUUAUUUUGUAUUGUGUGUGAAUAGCUUUAACAUAGUGAUUUGUGGUCUAAAAAUAACUAAAGUAGUUUAGAUCCUAGAAAUAAAAUAAGAAAACUAUGUUCGCUGUCCCUAUUUUUCACUACAGUCUUGCAGGCAUUUGAAAUACGCAUUUGCUUUUGUGUGUAUAUGUUCCAUAAUUUAUUGCAAAUUUUUGUCUAAUCUGAAUAAUUUAGUGGUUUCAUUUUCUUUUUGUGGUUUUAAUUUUAUUUUCUUCCCAGGCACAUAAUUGCAUUUUUCUGUAUAUACCCUAGGCUUAUUUAUUCAAGCACAGCCAAGAAUGUAGUGUUUGAAAUCAGGAAGUAUUUAAUGAUGAAUAUUUAGAUGUGUUUUGCUUGAAAUGUUUUUAAAUGUAGACGUCUAAACCAUUUGCCAGUCUGAUCUUCAUAUGAUGGUGUAAAAUUUAAUACAUUUCUAGAGUAAGCCUUUUUUCUCCACAAACUGAAAGUAAUACAUGAUGAAAGGUAUUGAUUACAAUGAUUAGUAGUAAGUCCUGGUCCUUGAGAAUUCCGAUUGUCUCGGUGUUGAUUAGUAGCCGAAUACUUAAACUGUGUACCACACAGUGCUUUACAAGCCAUUUAAAAGCCUUUUGCCGUAAUGGAAAGAAAAUGUCUCAUGCCUUGGUUUAUUUGAUUCAUUCUUUGGCACGUGUUUCUGCAAUCAAGAAAUUCCAGCCCUCUUCAAUUGCAUUGCAUAUAAUUGGAUUUGAAGUAAAGACCAGUUUCUAAAAUAUAAAUUCAUUGGUGAAUUUUUUCUAGUACAAUAUGUAGGACUAUUAGCAUUUACAUUUGGAUAAAAGUCCAUAAUUCUCUAACUUUGGACAGGUAACAUUUUUUUAAACAUUUUUGUAAGUAAUCUCUUGAGUAUAACUGCAACUAGCCACUGUCAAUAUAUGCUUUUAACUUAGCUUGUCAAUGAUUUAGGAGUUGCAUUUCAGAAUGUAAAUGAUGAAUGAUCAUGUUACAGCUUAUGCGGCCACAGUUCUGUGAAAUUACAGCAAACCCAGUCAACGAUUAACGCACUUAUGCCAUGAUCAUGAGGCUGGCUGUGUGGUCAAUGACUGCUAGCCUUUUUCAGACAGGACAUGGCAGGGUUAUUGCCUUCCUUGGCUUUUGAUUCAGCUCUUCACUCUGUACCUCACACUGGCACUGAUAACUGUAGACCUGCUUAUUUCCUAUUCAUAUUCUGCAUUAUAAUGUUUAUUGAUCUUUGUUAUCCGGAUACAAUGAUUCGGUACAUAUUGCGGUAUGAUAAUAGAAAAUGUAGUAAAAAAACGGUAAUGGUCUUUCAGAUAGGGGUGUACAGUAGCAUUCCAUUAAAGACUGUAAAAAGUUUAACACUGUUAGGUAUCAAUGUCUGCACAGAAUUGUUUACCGGUAUUAUGUGUCGGUUGCAAUUGGAGCCAGUUUCUGAAAGUGUAUUGGCUAUUCCCUGAAUAGCAUUCGGCAGUUUUCCUUUCAAGUCGCAAAUUGGUUGUUUUUUGUGCAGAAAGGCAGGUGGAACACAUUUCUUUCUACAACAUUCUGAAAACUAUAUAACGUUUGGUGUUGCGUUUUAGCCGCCAUUAGAAAGGUUACUUCGCAAUGAAAGUCCAUUUACAAGUACUGUUCGGAUGCCUAAAUAAACAUUCUUAACUUGA